AAAAUUUUCCGUCUGUGUAAUAUUUAUUUUACCGAAAAUAAUAAAUUGUUGGGGUCCUCCAUUUUUUUACAGUGUUAUGGAGGUUUAAAUGUAAAAUUAACCGAUACCAAUGAACAAGAAGUAAUUUCCGUACUACGCCGUUUUUCGCAUCAAAUUAAAAAAAUUACCAUUAAUUCAAUCACUAAUACUCCUGCUAUUUUUAAUUAUUACUCGCCCUUUAUCAUUAGACCGAAUCUUACCUCUUUGAAAUUAGCCCAUAUGGAGUAUAACGUUCCAAUUAACCUAGGAAUGAUCCCAAGUACUUUAAAAGAACUUACACUGACAAUAGAUUAUAAUCAUCCACUUCAUGAAUUCAUUAUUAUAAAUGAAUGUCUUUAUUACAUUCCAGUUUUUCCCCCAUAUGGAUUGACUAAAUUGUAUAUUACCAACUUUUUUAAUAAACCAAUUCUUCCAUACGUGCUUCCAAGAACUUUAAAAGAACUAAAAAUUGGUGCUUCUUUCACUCAUGAAUUGUAUUUCCAAAGUAUUCCAGACUCUGUUACUUUGCUUAAUUUUGACUGCCCAAAUUAUAAUCAUCAGUUUGCUCCAGGAAUCCUUCCAAGAAAUUUAAUAAUGCUAGUGAUUGGUAAUAAUGUUCCGUUAUUACCUGGUUCUUUACCAGAGUCUCUUACCUAUCUCAAACUAGGCGGCCACUUUAACCAUCCUAUUACUCCUGAUCUAUUACCAAUACAUCUUAAAAAAAUAUCUUUUGGUCCAAAUUUCAACAGUCUCUUUGUUCCAUCCGAAAAUAUUCAUACAAUCAUUUUUGGUGAAGAAAUGUUAUGUCAACCACAAAACUUUACAAAAAACGUUAGAUCUGUAGAAAUUAAAACCUCCGAUUAUUCAACAUUACCAAAUACUAUUAAUGAACUUAUCGUUAAUGCCGAAACAGAAAUACUUCAAAAAUUUCCAGUGAAUCUUAAUUAUUUAGAACUAAAUUGUACCAGUCCUUUCGAAUUUACAAAUGAUGAGUUAAAAUCACUCACUCAUCUAAAGCAUCUUAGACUUCUUGAUGCUGAUAUAAUAUUUAGUGUUGGCCAUUUACCAAAAUCUAUAGUAUCGCUUGACCUUGGAGGUUUGGUCCCAAAUGGUAAUCUAGACCUUAGUCCAUUGGUAAAUCUUGUAUACUUUAGUUUAGGUGCUAUACAUCCCGUAAAUACUAGGUUUCCACCAUCACUUCGUGCAAUCAAAUUUUAUGGUGAUCAAAAUGAAGUGUUUGCUAAUAAUUAUUUUCCAGCAACCCUUGAAAUCCUUCAACUAUCAAGAUAUCAUGUCCAACCUCUAUCAAACACAUGGCUUCCAUCGUCAUUGAAAAUCCUUAUCCAUCCUGGUGAACCUGUUAUUGCUGAAGAUUAUAGACAUCCAAACCUCAUUAAAUUUUAUGUUAGCCAUAAAAAUUCAACCAUCUUGUAUAAUGAUCCUGCUUUUGUUAUGGAUAAUCUUAAUACUCUCCAACCAUUUAAAACCAAAUAUAAGGUAAUCAUUGAAGAUAAUUUGAAUCUCAGUCUGCCAUACCAAAUAAAUAAUAAAUUUAGUAAAAAUUAUUUUAUGGCAGAUAACUAAAUUAAAACAAAUAAAAUCCUUUUUAAUUUUUAUAAU